AUGUGUGAUGAGUGUGGAAGUCUGAUGUACUCCCAGGAGGGCUAUCCAAGCAUCACAGCCACAUGCCUUGGCUUCAUCCUGUCCUCCUCUUUACCUCCCCGGGCCCGAAGCUCUCCCCAUCUAGAAAAAAGAUUCAGGUGUUUAUUGGGAUUCUGGGAACCACCCUACUCUCCUGUUGUCCUAUUGGAGGAAAGCACUAGAGCCAACCCUAUAAAAACUUCAGGCACCAAAGAAGAGAUGCAGUAUCUUACAAUCCCGGAGUCUUGCUACAGGAUCUUCAGGAGGUCUAAGAUAUUUCCAGCAUGUCUGCCAUGUGCUCUUCCCAAAGAGCUAUUCCCACAGCUCUUCCUGGAUGCCUUCCAUUUUGUAUGCAUAGACACAUUGAAGGCGAUUGGGCAGAUAUGGCCUUUUCCUUCUCUUCCACUUGGGACACUGUUAGAUAAAGCCAUUCCCUGUAUGGAGAGUUUGGAAGCAGUGUUGGAUGGAAUUGACUUACUUCUUGCUCAGGAAGUUCGCCCCAGGAGGUGUAAACUCCAGGUAUUGGAUUUCUGUCUUUCUGGUGAUCGAUUCUGGAAUCAAUGGUGUGAUAUCCCUGUUCGAUGGCACCAAGAGACCAAUCCACCAUUGUCUGUGGGCAGUUGCAUAAAAGGUCACACCUCAGCACUCCUGGAGGUGGUCAUAGACCUGACAGUUGGCAUAGGUCCCCUUUCAAAAGUCCAAGCUCGAAUCCUUCAGUGGGCAAAAGCUAGGAAGAACAUUCAUCUGUGCUGUAGGAAGAUCACUUUUCUGCACGUGCCCACCUUUGUCACCUGCUUGAAUGACAUCGAAUUUACCUGUGUCCAAGAAAUAGAGGUUGAUUUAUGCUGGAAAAUAUCAAACCUGGUAUCAUUCGCUCCUAUGCUUGGCCAGAUGAGGAAUCUGCAGAGACUAAAUUUCUCUACAGAGCCACCUCACAGCACCACCUUAAUGACCAUGGAGGGUCAGCAGCAGUUUGUGGCCCUGUUUUCAAAGCAGUUCCUUCUGCUGAACAGCCUUCGGGAGCUCUAUCUGGACUCAGCCACCUUCCUCAAAGGACGUAUGAACCAGGUGCUUAGGUGCCUGACGACACAUUUGGAGACCUUGUCCAUCAUGAUGUGUACGCUUCUCAUACAAGACAUGACACAAAUGUCCCAAUGCCCAAACCUUAAUCGGCUGAAGAAGUUGAGUCUGAGUGGCACUUACCUGAGACUUCUCAGUAUCCCUCUGAGAGGACUGCUGGAGAACUGUGCAUCCACACUGCAAGACCUUGACUUAGGGGUGUGUGGGCUCCAGGACACCCACCUCAAGGAAAUCCUGCCUGGGCUGAAACUCUGCUCCCAGCUCAGGGCCCUGAAACUCCAUGGGAACGGUGUGUCCAUGGCCACACUAGUCCAAGUGGUGCGUCACCUGGCAGACCUGCCUCACUUAAUGCUGGAGAUAUAUCCGGCUCCUCUGGAGAGUUACAGUUCUCCAGGAAAACUCCAUCAAAGGUCCUUUGAUCUCCUUUGUGCAGAGAUGACGAAUGUUCUCAGAGACAUAGGAAAGCCCAGGUCCAUCUUUCUCAGCACCAAGCCCUGUACUUGCUGUGUCAAGAGCAUCUCUCACAACUGUGAGCCCAAGUUCUUACCUGUGCCCAAGUGA